CCGGUGAUCCCGGGACGGGCGGCGCUUGGCGGAGUCGGGGGCCAUGGAGAUCGGCACCGAGAUCAGCCGCAAGAUCCGGAGUGCUAUAAAGGGAAAACUACAGGAACUGGGAGCAUAUGUCGAUGAAGAACUUCCUGAUUAUAUCAUGGUCAUGGUGGCUAACAAGAAAAGCCAGGAACAGAUGACGGAGGACCUUUCCCUCUUUCUAGGAAACAAUACUGUGAGAUUUACUGUAUGGCUUCAUGGUGUGUUAGACAAACUCCGGUCUGUAACUACAGACCCUCCCAGCCUAAAAACUUCAGAGCCUAACGUUUUUGAGAACAGCCUGUCUUUGGGCAAAAGCACUUCAGGCGGGAUUGAGGAGAAGAUGGGGGAAGAAAUCCUGCCGCCUCUUGCAGUCUCAAGUUCUCGGCCAGAAAGGACUGAAGCCAGAGUUUCAACUAGCUUCCAGGACCAGAGGGCUGUUGCUGCCCGGCAGUCUUGCCAAGAUGGCUCCACCUCUCUCUUAAUGUCCACAGUGAAACCUCUAAGGGAACUGUCCCCCUCAGAAGCCGUAAUUGACAUUAAACCUGAACCGGACGAUCUCAUUGACGAAGACCUCAAUUUUGUUCAGGAGAAUCGGAUGCCCCGGAAGAAGCCCCUCGUCACAGUGACUUACGGCUCUUCCCGCCCAUCUCUUGAAAUCUACCGGCCUCCGGCGAGUCGAAACACAGAAGGCAGUGUUCUUCUGCAGAGGCUGCCACAACAGAGCAACAUACCGACUGGCAAGCUGCUCGAGACGCAGGGCAUCAGGUCACAGGAAGCCCUCCCGCUCUGUGAUCCAGACGCAUUUGGCAGCUUGGCUGAGAGUUACAGGCCCCCUCUCAGAGUGAACACUGAUAAAAUUAGCUGUGAGGAAGAAAGCUCCAGGAAAAGGAAGCUGCCCGUUGUUAGCUCAGUGGUCCGAGUGAAACGGUUCAGUAACGAAGGGGGAGAGGAAGAGGAGGAGGAGGAGGAGGAGGAAGAUUAUGGCCUGCGACUGGGAGGCAUUUCCAGCAGCGUGUCUGUGCCUGCAAAGCCUGAAAGAAGGCCUUCACUGCCACCUUCCAAACAAGCCAAUAAGAAUUUAAUAUUGAAAGCAAUAUCUGAAGCUCAGGAAUCGGUGACAAAGACCACCAACUAUGCUACAGUUCCACCAAAGCAGACAGUUCCCGUGGCUCCCAGAACGCGGACUUCCCAUGAUGAAGCCCUCCUAGAAAUGAUGAACAUCCAGAACCGGCCAUCCAGAGUGGACACCCAGAUACAGGAAGACGAGCCAAAGGAACAGACAUUGGGGAGAGUUCCAGGAACACAACAAAGGCAGCUGCUCUCCCGCCUCCAGCUUGAACCAGGCAUCGAAGCGACAUUGCAAAACACCCCAGAUUAUUAUGACUUGGAAUCCAUGGUCCACACAGAUACCAGGUCAUUUAUCCUGAAGAAGCCGAAGCUGGCUGCGGAGGCCGUGGUGCCCCAGAACCUGGAAGUCGGGAAGAACACCGCAGGGCCCGUGCAGGCACUUUCGGGGCGACUUAUACAGACACGAGAGCAGCUUCUGCAGCCUGAGAAACCAGCUAGUCCCAAGUUCAUUGUCACCUUGGAUGGCGUGCCCAGCCCUCCCGGGUACCUAUCAGAUCAAGAGGAGGAGGAAGUGAGUCUUAUGGAAGGAGUCAGACCGGUCCCCCCCAAAGCACCAGCCAGUAAGGGAUUAAGAAGCCUUCGAGCGCAGCAGAUGCAUAUUAUCUCCCGACAGCUGGGGAGUGCUGACGUGGAGAUGGGGGAGAUGGCUGUCCUUCAGAAAGCGGAGAAAGUCCCGGAGCGCUGCAAGUACUGGCCGGCCUGCAAAAAUGGAGAUGAAUGUGCCUUCCAUCAUCCCACACUGCCGUGCAAAGCUUUUCCCAAUUGCAAGUUUGCCGACAAAUGUUUGUUCAUCCAUCCAAACUGCAAAUACGAUGCCAAGUGCAGUAAGCCAGACUGUCCUUACACACAUGCCAGCCGGCGGACUCCACUGCCACCUUCAAAACCAGCCCCACCUCCAGUACCAGCAGCGUCUUCUACCAGCCAGCUUUGCCGAUUUUUCCCUGCGUGUAAGAAAAUGGAAUGUCCAUUCUACCAUCCGAAACAUUGUCGGUUUAACACUCAUUGUACCAGAGUAGACUGUACAUUCUACCAUCCUUCUGUUUCUGUACCACCGCGUCAUGCCUUGAAAUGGACUCGAACUCAGACCAGCGAAUAAUUAUCACACGACCCAUUACAUUUUCACUGUUGUACUCUGAUGGAAAGACACUUGUUGAUGGAACCAAGAUGCUGUAAAAGUUACAUCAUAUAUGCCAAGCCUUGAAUAUAUAUUGUUUCUUAAAAUGUAGUUGAUUGCAUACUUGAAACAUGUACUUUGCAAAAUUGUAUAUUUAAUUACUGAUUUUACAUAUUUCUAUUGUAAAAAGAUGUAUGUGUAGGGAGGAGAAUUUUACUUUAACCUUAAUUAAAACAACAAGGCAUGGGUUUUUAUC